CGGUCGCGAUAGAAGGUACGAUGUUACAUUAUUUUAUCUUCAAACAUCUUUUAAUCUAUUAAUUAUAUUUUAUAAUUUACUAUUCAAUUUAUAUUCUUAGAUGCAGAAUUCAAUUUUAAUUUACAUCCCAACAUAUAUUCAUAUUAUUUUGACAUAACAUUCUUUUGACAAUUUCACGUUGUCUUCAAGCUGUACAAUACAGGCUAGAUUCUGUAUUUCAAUUUCAUACAAAAAAGAAUUAUCAAAUUUUGUUGAAGUGUAUUAUUAAAAGUGAUCAAAAAUGGGUAGGGUUAUUCGUGCUCAACGUAAGGGAGCGGGAAGUGUUUUCCGUUCACACACGAAACAUCGUAAGGGAGCCCCCAAAUUGAGACCACUUGACUAUGCCGAAAGACAUGGUUACCUGAAGGGUGUUGUGAAGAACAUUAUCCACGAUCCCGGUCGUGGUGCUCCUCUGGCUGUCGUCCACUUCAGAGAUCCGUACAGGUUCAAGACAAGGAAAGAACUGUUCAUCGCCCCAGAAGGCAUGUACAGUGGACAGUUCAUCUACUGUGGAAAGAAAGCCACCCUGCAGAUCGGCAACGUCCUCCCCAUUGGCACAAUGCCCGAGGGAACGAUCAUCUGCAACCUGGAGGAGAAGACGGGUGACCGGGGCAAGCUGGCUCGUGCCUCAGGCAACUACGCCACUGUCAUCGCCCACAACCCCGACACCAAGCGAACCCGAGUCAAGCUGCCAUCUGGCGCCAAGAAGGUCAUUCCCUCCAACAACAGGGCUAUGGUUGGAAUUGUGGCGGGCGGCGGUCGUAUUGACAAGCCUGUGCUGAAGGCGGGUCGCGCGUUCUACAAGUACAAGGCGAAGAGGAACUGCUGGCCGAAGGUGAGAGGAGUGGCCAUGAACCCCGUUGAGCAUCCCCACGGAGGAGGUAACCAUCAGCACAUCGGUAAGGCCUCCACUGUCAAGCGGGGCACCAGCGCCGGAAGAAAGGCAAGUCAACCCUCCACUACUCUAUUCAUAUAUUUCUUGGGCUAUACUUACACUAGCGCGACUCAUCGCGAAGCUACUCGAGACUCUGUGCCGGUUUCACAAAAGCCGGUUAAAUUUUAAACGUGAUUAAUUUUA